AGAAAGAGAAAACCAAUCAAAAACAUAGAGUUUAAGAGGUAAUGGAGGUAGAGCAAGUUCUUCACAUGAAUGGCGGAGAUGGCAAAUUAAGCUACGCAAACCACUCGCUUCUUCAAAGAGCUGUGAUUUCGACGGUGAAGCCUAUAGUGGAUGCAAGCAUAGAGGAGCUCUGCAGCACUCUCUUCCCGGAGUGCCUGAAAAUAGCGGACUUGGGAUGCUCUUCGGGACCCAAUACCCUACUGGUAGUAUCAGACAUCAUAGCCAUCAUCCAGAACACGUUUCGGAAGCUCAACCUUCCCCCGCCAUCCCUCCAAGCAUUCUUGAAUGACCUUCCCCGGAACGAUUUCAACACGGUGUUUAGGUCACUGCCUGGCUUCUAUAACAAGCUCGAUGAAGAACAUGAGAACAAGUCGGGUCCUUGUUUCAUUGCAGCAAUGCCUGGUAUGUCAUAA